AUGUCUGGACGCGGCAAACAAGGAGGGAAGGUUCGGGCUAAGGCCAAGACCCGCUCAUCCCGGGCAGGACUCCAGUUCCCCGUCGGUCGUGUGCACAGGCUUCUCCGCAAAGGGAACUACGCCGAGAGGGUGGGCGCCGGUGCUCCGGUCUACCUUGCCGCUGUGCUGGAGUAUUUAACCGCUGAGAUCCUGGAAUUGGCCGGUAAUGCCGCCCGGGACAACAAGAAGACCCGCAUCAUCCCCCGUCACCUGCAGCUGGCCGUGCGCAAUGACGAGGAGCUGAACAAGCUGCUGGGUGGGGUGACCAUCGCCCAGGGAGGCGUCCUGCCCAACAUCCAGGCCGUGCUGCUGCCCAAGAAGACCGAGAGCAGCAAAGCGGCCAAGAGCAAGUGA